AAUACCUCCUACGAGAAAAUUUGCAACUAAUACAGUAUAACCACAAAACUUCCAUGUGUUUCGUUGUUAUUAUACAAUAACAAUUUAAAAAGUCGGUAAAUAUGGGAAAACUAAACGUUUCUUUGCUGAGGUAUCUCACCCCAGAAGAUUUCCGAGUUAUAACAGCUAUUGAAAUGGGUAUGAAAAACCAUGAAUUGGUGCCUGCUGCUUUAGUAGCUACCAUUGCAAACUUAAAACACGGUGGUGUUCAUAAGUUACUCCGAGAUUUGUGUAAGAAUCGUCUGUUGAGUUAUGAGAGAGGCAAAAAAUAUGAUGGAUACAGAUUAACAAAUAUGGGCUAUGAUUACCUAGCCCUGAAGGUCUUGACAAAAAGAGAAAUAGUCAGUUCCUUUGGCAAUCAAAUUGGUGUUGGCAAAGAAAGUAACAUUUAUGUGGUUGGCAAUGAAGAACAAGAACAAUUGUGUUUAAAACUACACAGGUUGGGAAGAACCUGCUUCAGGAACAUCAAAGAUAAAAGAGAUUACCAUAAACACAGAAAGAAUGCUUCAUGGCUGUAUUUAUCCAGAAUUUCAGCAACAAAAGAGUUUGCUUAUAUGAAGGCUUUGUAUCAAAGAGGUUUUCCUGUUCCAAAACCUAUUGACUACAAUAGACAUUGCGUUAUUAUGGAGCUGGUUAUUGGUAAACCACUCAUCAAUGUAAUGGAGGUAAAAGAUGUUGAAGGCCUCUAUGAUGAGUUAAUGAAUUUAAUUAUUCGUUUUGCUGACUCUGGCGUUAUUCAUGGCGAUUUUAACGAGUUCAAUAUCAUGAUUACUGAUGAGGAGAAACCAAUCAUCAUUGAUUUUCCGCAAAUGGUCUCAACAGCUCACGCUAAUGCUGAAGUUUUGUUUGAUAGGGAUGUCACAUGUAUCAAAGUGUUCUUUAAGAAACGAUUUAAUUAUGAAAGCGAAUUAUACCCGAAGUUUUCGGAUAUUCAACGCUCGGAUAAUUUAGACGCGGAAAUUGCUUGUUCUGGUUUUACUAAAGAUAUGGCAAGAGAUAUUAAUAUUGAGUUAGGAUUAGAAAGUGAAUCAGUCCAAUCAGAAGCAUCUGAAGAUGAAAUUGUUGACGAAAUAACAACGAAAACGGAGAGCAUUCAAAUUGAAAAUGAAUCAGUUUCAGAAUUUUGCACUGUUGAUUCAAUUUUUGAUAAAUUGAAAGAAGGAAAGUUAGAACCAAACACCGCAAACUCGGAUCACUCUGAAAAUGAAUCUCAGCUCUCUGAUUCAUGCUCAGUUGAUGAUAACUUUGAAAGCAGAAGUAUAAGAUCAACUGCAACAACUAUACAUCCGGAAGAGAUCAAAAAGAGAGUUCGGAAACAACUUCACAUCAAAGAAAAGAAACAAAGAAGCAAGAGAUGUGUGAUUAAAGGUGAAGCGAGUGCUGUUACAAGAAGUCGGCGUGAAAAUAAUGAUACUAUUAAGGAUUGUAGUGGAAUUUGGGGGUGGGAUUAAUUAAAAGUAAGGUGAAUAAAGUUUAAUUAUGUUAAAACUUGUAAAGAUGAGUGUAAGCAAAGAUGACAAGAGAUGGCGCGGCGUGUAUAAAUCGUAAUUUAAUUUUCUUAUAAAACUUACAAAUUUAUCCCAUAGAUGUCAGUGUGUACUACAUUCUGGGCAAUUAGUCGUGAAUCAGCCUUGUGCAAAAUAUUCACACCUGCAUCUUCGAGCGAUAAGAAUGUAAACAUCGACAUGUUUCAACAUGUAAAAUGUACAAAACAUCUAUAGAUUAAAGCAGUUGAAUAUAAAAUACA